AUGACUGCCGAGCUGCAGCAGGUUCAACGGGUGUGGGAGCGCAUCCGCGCUAACAGCCCCAUCUAUGAAUUCCUGUUGAGCGAAGUCGACAUCUACGAGGCUGAGCCUGGCGUGGUUCGGGCGCGUCUGCUAGUCACCCCUCGUCAACUCAAUUCCAAGGGUACUCUCCACGGCUCGUUCUCUGCCACUGUGACGGAUUGGGCGGGAGGUCUGGCCAUCGCGUCCUGUGGACAUGAAGCCACAGGCGUCAGUACAGAUAUCCACGUCAAUUACUUGUCGACGGCCACGGCGGGUGACCAGCUGGAGAUUGAGAGUCGUGCCAACAAGGUUGGCAAGUCGUUGGCGUUUACCACGGUGACGAUCUCGAAGAAGACGGACUCUGGGUUGACGAUUGUCGCUCAGGGAUCCCACACCAAGUAUGUUCGGACACGAUGA